GGGAUUACAAAAGCUUUGGUCUCUUUUCUCUAUCCAUUGAAGACGUCAACGAUAAGCAGCAGCUGCGGCGGGAAGCGGAAGCAGCAGGCGGAGCAGCCAUGGGCAUCGAUCUAGUUGCGGGAGGUAAGUCGAAAAAGACUAAACGCACUACCCCACAAUCCGACGAUGUUUAUCUCAAGCUUCUUGUUAAGCUGUACCGGUUUCUUGUGCGGAGGACUGGGAGCCAGUUCAAUGCGGUGAUACUGAAGAGGCUGUUCAUGAGCAAGAUCAAUAAAGCUCCCUUGUCUCUAUCACGCUUGAUUACUUACAUGAAAGGAAAGGAGGACAAGGUUGCUGUAGUUGUAGGGACUGUUACUGCACUGAGAUUCACUGAAACAGCUAGAGCUAGGAUUGAGAAGGCUGGUGGAGAAUGCUUGACCUUUGAUCAGCUUGCUCUUAGAGCCCCUCUUGGGCAGAACACGGUACUGCUUAGGGGUCCAAAGAACUCGCGGGAAGCUGUUAAACACUUUGGUAGAGCUCCCGGUGUCUCGCACAGCCACACGAAGCCUUAUGUUCGGGCAAAGGGAAGGAAGUUUGAGCGAGCAAGAGGGAAAAGAAAGAGCAGAGGUUUCAAGGUUUGAGGAAUUGCAAAUGUUUGAGUGCACAAUGAGAAUUUCUUUUAGAAGGUUUUCCCGACCUACUUUUUCCCAUCUUAGCUUCUUUUUCUUCUUGGAAUUCUUAUUUCCACCCCUCUUUCUCUGACACUCCAACUUAUAGACGAUUUUGAAUGCUUUUAUUAUCUAUUUUGCACAAUUAAGCCACCUUUAGAGGACAAUCAAUAUUUACUAGGUUACGCAGGAAAAUGAUGCAAUAUGAAGAUCCCUUUUUUUUCCA